UUUCAAAAUGGCGUAAUCUGAACAAAAAUAAUGUGGUGAUGAAAACUAUAGUGGGAAACGAGAGGAUUUUGUUUCAUUCACCGCACCGACAACUUUAAAUCCUGCAACACUAUGCCGGUGUGUAACUUUUGGAUGCAAGGCCGGUGUCGAUAUGGCGACAAGUGUUGGAAUGAGCACCCAAAAGCAGGCGGUGGCGGCUACGGUGGAGAGUACAACAGCCGCCCCCCUCAACAGUCCAACAGAGGCGGUGGAGGAGGGUUUGGGAACAGAGUGUGGGUGAACCCAGCUCAGAGGUCUGGAGGAGGAAACUACGUCCAGCCGUCAUCCUUCUCUUCCCAGCAGGGUGGCAACAACUGGGGUCCAGGAGGAGGAGGAGGAGGAGGAAGGGACAGCCAAGCCCAGAGCUCUAACUUCAGUUUCGCAGCCUCCUCUCCAAACCAAAACAGAUUUUCUGCCUUAAACACUCAAAGCAGCUUCGACAAAGGUGGGAGAGGAGAAGGGGAAGACAAUGAAAAACACUUGGAGACCAUCCAGAAAGAUAUGGAGAUCUGGGAGACUUCAGGACAGUGGCUUUUCUCCUGUUACUCUGUCCUCAAAGCAACCAUCUCAGGGUUCACAGAGCUCUCUCCAGAGGAACUGAGACUGGAGUACUACAACACCAAGCCGUCUGGAGACCUGCAGGGAUAUGCUAAUGUCAUCAAUCAGCUGGUCAACCAAUGGAGAAGCAGAGUCCAGGAGCUGAGGGCUAUGAGCGGCAACACCAGGGUCGCUAUGCUUGCAGAGCUGGACAACCCAGCACCACAGGCAGCGUCUGGAGGCUUUGGGUCGACACCAGUGGCCGGCUUUGGGUCGACACCAGUGACCGGCUUUGGGUCCUCAGCACCAUCUGGCUUCGGAACAGGUUUCGGAGUGCCGGCUCAGGUCCCAGUCCAGGACACCUCGGGUGCCAGUAAUUUCAGCUUUGCUGGACCAGGUGCAGCUUCUGCUGCUCUCGGCAGUGCUGCGUCAGCCGUCGCACCAGCUCCCACUGGGAUUGGCUCGAUGGCCACCACUCUUCCCUCUGCAGCCGGUUUCUCCUUUGCCACCCCUGCUGCCAACAAGGAGCCAACUACAGCCGGUUUCGGAGCUCCUGCCUCUGCGUCCGGGUUUAGCUUCACCUCGACGGUCGCUGGUGGAGGAGGAGCAUUUGGAGGGAGUGGUUUCGGGAGUGCAGCGCCAGUGGCUGCAAGUGGUUUUGGACAGGCGAGUGGAGGGUUUGGGGUUAUGGCCCCAGCAGACAGUCUCUUCACCCCCCAGAGCCAGCUGAGUGAAGAGGAACUGAAGGAGUUUGGAGGGAAGAGGUUCACCCUGGGACAGAUACCACUCAAACCCCCCCCUGUUAAUAUGCUGGUGGUCUGAUCCUACCACUCAA